UGCGAGCUUGCCGGAAAAUAUGCUGUUGCCACUCCUUGAGAUAAUUAAGGGAAGUCUUUUUGCUUGUCAGUCCUGCGGUUGAUCAAAUGCAGCCUACAAAACGUUUUUGACACCGUAGGGACAUGAUCGUCUGAUUCAUCAGCCGACACUGAAAAGGAAGGAACUGGAGGAAAAGUUCCCGGACCGCAAACACAAGACAACAGGCACUGAAGAAUCACAAACAGGAUUGUCUGGAAUAUCUGGAUGGUUCUCUUCCUAGAACCCUGCCUCCAUUCUAGAAUCCUGCCUCCAUUCUAGAACCCUCCCACUCCCAUGCUGUACUGCAGGUGAACCCCAUCCAGGACCCAGAGGAUGAGACGUAUCAAGGCCCUCGUCGUCAUGGCCGUCCUGUGCAGCCUCUGCCUCAUCUUCUUGUACUCCUCACUCAACCUCCAUCUGGCCCACAGACACAGAGCUCUACUGGAAGUCUCAGCCAACCCCAGGUCCGAGAUCAGCUUUGAAACACUGCCCACCAAGCCGGUCCCAACUUACCUCAGACUGACCCUUACCAAGGACAGUACAAAAAGUGUCCCUAUUCAGGUCACUGUUACACCUACUCCUGAUCUCCACCAGGCUGCUGUCUUUGCCGCCCUCGAGAAGGCUAUACCUCAGAACACAGCCUAUUGGAACCGUGUUUUUUAUUCUGGCAUCAGACGACUGGACAAGGGGGGGAACUCGACAAGACCGGCGGGACUGGACUGGUCCCAUUGCCGACACGACUCCGAGCAGCUGCGGACAAACAUUCAUGACUUUACUUCCUAUCCAGAACUCCACCAGGACUUCCUGCUUGGGAUGGAGUGUAGAAACCCUCCUAUCCUGAUUGACCAACCAGAGAAGUGCACCUCGGAAGACGGAGAAACCUUCCUCCUCUUCGCCAUCAAGUCGACCCCGAGGAACUUUGAUCAGAGACAGGCGGUACGGGAGACGUGGGGGCGAGAAGCGCUGUAUGGAGGAGGGGUCAGAGUUCGUAUAGUGUUCCUGUUGGGAUCCUCGCCAUUGGACGAGCCCGACCUGAGCCAGCUACUGGUGCUUGAGGCGCGUCACCACGGCGACCUCCUCCAAUGGGACUUCCACGACUCGUUCUUUAACCUCACGCUAAAGGAGCAGGUGUUCUACAGGUGGGUCCUGAGCCGCUGUCCUAAAGUCUCCUUUGUCUUUAAAGGGGACGACGACGUCUUCGCCAACACUGAGGCCAUACUGGGCUACCUGCAGGCCCUGGAGCCUAACAAGAACUCUACGCUCUACCUGGGCCAGAUCAUCUCCACUGCUAGUCCCCUCCGCGACUCUAAGAGCAAGUACUAUAUCCCCCCGACCUUCUACGACGGGCCUUACCCUGCGUACGCCGGGGGAGGCGGUUACCUCUUCUCGGGGUCGUUGAUCAGACCUCUUUACGGCGUCUCCAAGUUCCUCCCUCUCUACCCCAUCGACGACGUCUACUCUGGGAUGUGCUUCAACGCACUGGGAAUCCUUCCAGAGGCGCACGAUGGCUUCCAGACGUUCGACAUUCGCGAGCAGGACCGGGAGAACCCGUGCGUCCAUAAGGAACUGCUGCUGGUGCACCGGCGGAGCCCGCGGCAGAUCAUUAGACUGUGGCGGAGCAUACACAACCCCGUGCUCAUAUGUUGACCCCCCCCCCCCCCCAUGUUGAGGGCUAGGGUCUCACACAACCCCGUGCUCAUAUGUUGACCCCCCCCCCCAUGUUGAGGGCUAGGGUCUCACUGAGCCUCGGUGGUAGAUGUUGACCCUCACCACUGACACAGGGUCAGCUAUUAAAUAACCAAUUUCCUCAAUUCAUAUGCUGAACUAUGGUUGCACGUUUUUUGGGAACGCUCAAUAAAUUCCCAAGUUUUCCAGAAAUCCUGUUUGGAGAGUCCCUGGAUUACCUGCAUAUUCCUUCCUGAUUGCGGGAAUCUGCCAACCGGGAUUUGGGAAAACCAGGGAAUUUUGCAACCUGUUUUUGUUUGUUGCAGCUGACCACACAAGCCCUGUUCAUAUGCUGAAUGUCUCAAUCAGGCCAUAUCUUUCCACCCCCUAAUGGCUAAGAUCUGAUCUGAGGGCCACCUCUUUCCACCCCCUAAUGGUUAAGAUCUGAUCUGAGGGCCACCUCUUUCCACCCCUAAUGGUUAAGAUCUGAUCUGAGGGCCACCUCUUUCCACCCCCUAAUGGUUAAGAUCUGAUCUGAGGGCCACCUCUUUCCACCCCUAAUGGUUAAGAUCUGAUCUGAGGGCCACCUCUUUCCACCCCCUAAUGGUUAAGAUCUGAUCUGAGGGCCACCUCUUUCCACCCCCUAAUGGUUAAGAUCUGAUCUGAGGGCCACCUCUUUCCACCCCCUAAUGGUUAAGAUCUGAUCUGAGGGCCACCUCUUUCCACCCCCUAAUGGUUAAGAUCUGAUCUGAGGGCCACCCUUUCCACCCCCUAA